GCUCAGCUUCCCUUGAAGCUCACCCCGACCAACUUUGCGUCGUGGCGUUCGCAACUGAAAACCCUCCUCAUGGGGCUUGAUCUAAUCGGCUACAUAGAUGGGACCACCGUCGCCCCACAGUAAUCCAUCACGGCGGACUCUGUCACCGUUCUGAAUCCGGCUUAUCAUAACUGGUUCAGGCAAGACAAACUAAUUCUUCACGCAUGAGAUGUUCAAUUGAUGAAUCGAUUUACUCCUUUGUCUCUGCCGCUUCCACCGCCCGCGCCGCCUGGUUGACUCUGGAAAAGCUGUACGCGAGCAAUGCUCAGUCGCGUAUCAUUUACUUGAAGGGGAAGCUUGCUAAAACUUCCAAAGGCGACCAUGAUAUCCUCUCAUUUGUUAACGAUCUGAAGACCACUGCCACUGAACUCGCCCUUAUUGGUGAGCCGGUUAAAGAUAUUGACCUCAUUGCCUAUUGUCUUCGUGGCCUUGGAGCGAUUACCAAUCCUUCUCUGCUGUCGUUCGUGCCCGCGGUCCUGAACUCACUCUUGAGGAUUUGGUUGAUUCGUUGGUGGAGUACGAGGCAGACCUUAAAGCUCGGCUGUCUACCUCUGUUCCGACGGCCUUUUACACACAGGGGCAACGUCAUGGCGGCUCCUCCCACUCUCGUGCUCCCAGAGGGUCGCCACAGCCCAACCACUCUUUCUUCUCCGCGUGGGCCCGCUGGCCUACUUCAGUGUCCUCCCGGCCCAUCCCAUCGCCACCUCCCAGGCCCAUUGACUCGACUCUACUGUCACUCCAGGAAUUGGCCAAGUGUAACCACUUCCUAAAGCGUAGUAUAGCGGGUUUAGGUUUAAUUAUCAACCUGGGUCCUAGAUUUGCUGACUACUCAGUGAGUUCUUGUUAUUUAGCAAUAAAACUGGAGUGCAAGUCUAAUCUACCAAACAAACAAAGCAAGUAAACUGGUUGUAUUCAGGUUAAAGAGGUCACCCGGAUAUGAUUCCCCCUAGACUGCAGUUAAGCCAGAUUGUAAUUACCAAGUUCAGUUUCUAUGAAGAUUAUACUGCGGAAGGUUCUUAAACAGCCUGAAGUCUCGACUAAAGGUCUUCAGAUCCUCUCAAUCUGACUCUCUAGCGGGCGACUAACCUCCACCGGAGUCGACAGAUUGAGGCCCUAAGAACAAAACCUCCACUACCGGAGUAAAUCCGGUACAGAAUAGUGAGUUGGCUCCUCGACUAAAGUCACCAACUCCCUACCUUCAAUCAAGGAUACUCUAUUAACCUAGGCAGAUAUUCUCAUUCUAGGUUAAAGCAGAAACAACAGGAAUUUGAUCAGAACCUCGAUCGAAUAUAAUCAAAUCAUAGAAUCAGU